GAGAUUUGGGCUUCUUCGCUCCGUAGCGGCGCCCCCCAUGCCGUGAUGCCGCAUGCUUACGGGGAUAUGUGGUCCACCUGUCGUGACGAUUGCAUGUGCAGCUGCGGAAGGUGGAUCUUACGGAUAAUUUCCGGAUGAACAUUUUCCUCAAAGGACACUCAGAACACGCAUGGCGGGGCGCAAAAAGGCGGCGCCGACGGAGAAAGCGUCCCGUCCGGAGGUAAUCGAGUUUGUGGCGUCUGUGGCGAAUGACGCAUCCCCGGACUACCGCGCGCUGGCCGCGAGGAGGCCGUCCACAUUGAAUGACAUUGUUGCAGUCCUCAGGAAUGGCGCCAACCCCAUCCACGAACGAGCGGUGGCGGCUCGUGCGCUUGGUCUUCUCAUGAAUCGUGAUGUGGAGCUCCGACAGCGCAUGAAGAUGGAUGCCGACAUAUUGAUCGACUCGCUCCUUCAAAUUGUUCACUAUUGCUGUCACGCCAAAACAAAGUCGUCCGAGUGUCGUAAAAUGCACGUGAAUUCCUGUCUAGUCAUUUCCAUGGUCAUGGAUGCUCCUCGGGACGGCCAUGCUGCGAUUGACAACGUUGUCGCGAUUGAUUCCGAUCUCUUGAAGCUCACAAGGCCGCCCCCCGUCAAACCAACCACGCGAGAGCGUUCCAAACCCACGUUGGCGGCCCGUUUUCCCACCUCUCCCAAUGCUCGCCACUCCACAACUGCGCCAUCUCCCAACCAACUCGACGUGGAGUCACCGCCUCGCACUUCGACAAAACCUUCAGCGUCGAGGAUAUCCAGGAAACGAAGCUUACCCUCUCCCGUGGCACCGUCAUCUCCAAUUGCGCCGCACUGUAAUGCCUUGGAUUUAGUCUUCCGACCUCCCACGACGACGCAGCAACGAUCUUCCCACUCCCGCACGCGACCUGUCUCAAUGAAAUCUGUUCUCUUUGGCGACGAGGGGCACGUCAUGGGCUUGACUCCCACCGGCGACAACCUCCCAGUCUACGAAUUCAACGCGACAUUCUCUGGCUAUGGCGUCCCGACCGUGUACUACCCAUUCCACCGCCCCGACGCGACAGCAGCCACAAACACGCCGCCACCGUCGUACGCUAGCCGAGACUUGAUGCGGGCCACCACGAUAUCCAAACCCAGUCGCGCUAUCAAGGGAUCGAACCAAACACAUGCUCUGCCAGUGACCCCCCACAUCAUCUACCCGUCCAAGCUGUAUCGCGACUCGCUCGAGUCGGUCCACCGGGCGCGGCCAUUCGUGAUGCCACCAGAUUACAUGCUCGACAUGCUCGAGACCAACCACAUGCCGCUGUCCCUGCCAUUCAGUCGCCACAGCACUCGCCGCGCCAACUCCGUCGACAGCCGCAUUCAACCGACGCCGUGGGGGGAAGUCAACCGCGUUGUGCUUGGAUCCAGCUUUGCGGCGUAUCACCAACUUCAAAGCAUUGCGCACGACCCGUCGCUGCCUACCGGGUCCAGCAACCAACUUGUGGCGUACAGCAACGCCCGCUGUGUCAUCGAUGGCCGCAACGAGGAGAAUUCUGACAACAAUUUGGACAUCAACAGUGCUGAGUACAAGCGUCGGAGGCUCUUGGCGAUUUUGCAUGCUCCGAUCGACUCGACGGCCACCAUGCAAGCCCUCGCGUUGAACGAGCACUCGACAAUCAUGCGCGGGUUCAGCCUCUCGCUGCAUCAAAUCCACGACGAAGAGCGGGCAAUCAUGACCAAGAUGAGCGCGACCAUUUUGCACCAGCGCAACCAACUGCCACUCAAGUUUCUAUUUGAGUUGCCCGGUGGCAUCGGGUACUGCCGCGAUCGACUGCAGACGUCGAUGGGGCUCUGGGUCGAGGAAUUCGAAGUGAACCAGCAGCGAGCCGCGUGGCUGCAGUGGAAAGCGCUGGUCGAACAAUUUCGAUUCAAGGAUCGGAUGGGCGACUUUGUCCGCCAAGCCGCGCUGAAACGGAUGCGACUUGCCAUGGACCUCAUGGUCAAGGCUUUCGUACACAAGGGAUGGGUCAAGUGGGUAUUCACUACCCAAAUCGACAUUUGGCACCACCGAGACAAGCACGUGAGAAAGAUUCAGCCCCAAGUUCGACGUCACUUUGCCAUGAGGGCGUUUCUGGCCGCUCAUGAUGCCAAACCAGUGGGGGGACGCUUUCGAGACAUGUUUCUGGCGCCCCCACGCUCGGACCUACCAUACCAGAUCCCUCUUCGCGUGCGACUGGAGCGCCGGCAGCUCUGGUUUGCCGCGAUUGCCGUGCAAGCACCGUAUCGGGGCAGGCAAUUUCGCAAGUUUAUGCGGCAACAGCGCAUCGCCGCCACAAAGAUCCAAGCCGCGUCUCGACGCCGACAAGCGCGGCUGAAGUACUUGGCGGCGCGGUUCAACAUCAUCCACCUGCAAGCCCACAUUCGGCGACACCUUGCGCGCAAGGCCUUCGUUCGGCUGCGAGAUGCCACAACGAUGGUGCAGCGGAAUCUUCGAGGUCGAGCUGCCAGGAAAUUCGUGAGGCUGGUGGUGUUGGCGACGCGGCGCCAGGGCGAGCUGAGGUGGCAAGCGAUACUGCCCCUACUCCGCAUGGCGCGGGGGUACCAAGGCCGCCAGCAAGCUCGCGCGAUCCGGGCGUAUCAUGCCAAUCGCCUCCGAUCCGCUCUGUUGAUUCAAAAGGCUUGGUACACUUACAACAACGAAUGGACAACGUUCCUUCUCCUCGGGUGUCUACGGGAACGUGAAGUGGAUGAAAAAAAGUGGGCGCGCGACCUCUACGUGCUCCACCUCCACCAGAGCGCGACCCGCAUCCAGACUGUGUUUCGGUCGUUUGUGGCCAACCAACGCAAUGUGAUGGCGCUGCGCAUUCAGCAGGCAUGUCGUCGCCACGUCGCGCGCCAAGUGCUCGCGCGAUUGAAGGCUCGGGUUGUCGCCCAUCGACGCAUCAAGUGGUGGUUUCGAGCCCAUCACGCGCGGCGGAACAGGUUGGCGACGCGGAUUCAAUACUGGUGGCGCAAAGCUGUACCCGGGCGUAUGCUCCGCCACUUGGCGCAUGUCGCGGCCACGAUCCAGGCACUCGACGAGCGCCGAACGCGGCUCCGAGAGUAUAAUGCAGCCACGACAAUACAAGCAAUCGUGCACGGAGUUUGGACAAGGUUUCGGUUCAAAAAGACCAAGAGCGCCAUUGUAAUCCAGCGCAACGAGCGGCGACGCCAAGCUCAAAAGCUGGCCACAAAGUUGCGCUUCGAACGACGGAUUUGCAUCGCGACGGCCUUUCUGGAGGCGGUCAAGCACCACGCUGUCUAUCGUGAGUUGGAGCGCCGCAAGUUGCGCUAUCGAACAUGCGCUACCACGAUUCAAAGGAUUUACCGAGGCCAGAAGACGCGGCAGAAGCUAGCCGAGCACUGGCGCUGGCUGGACGAGCGGACGCAGAUGGCUCAGCGAGUGCAGAGGCUAUGGCGCCAAACCGCAGACAAACGAUUCGCCCUGCGACUACUGGCGCUUCAACGUCGUCGUGUGGCGAACCCAUUCAAGACAAUGGAGUCGCUGUCCGACGUCAUCGGCUCGGCCAUUGAGAAAUCCCUCGCAUAUUGUGAUCCGUACGAUCCGUUGGUUGGGCUAACGCUGAUCGGGUGGCUGCGGCGACUCGGUCUGGACGACUUCUACGACGUUCUGCAGCAGCAUGGGUACACGACGGUGGCGUCGCUGGCAAGCGUGACGGAAGACUUCCUGCAGUCGACGUGCCAAAUCAAAGACAAGGACAUAACGCAACUGUUUCUCACGGGCAUUCGGUAUCGCGAGUGGCUCUCGGACGUCGCGGAGCAACGCCGUGUUGUGCAAAAGCUGGAAAAGGCCGCAGCACGUCACGACAAGCCGUAUCAAGUCGCUCGGAAAGCAGUGACCGACCAACACGCUGUCGUGAUGCGGUGGAGGCACAAACUGGACAAAGCGCAAGCAGACGCAGCCGACUUCGCCCACCCGCCGAAAGCAGUUCGACGCAAGCUUGAGCGCGCUCAAUUCACGUUGGCCCGAGCCGAGCAGGCGCUAGCCGAGUGCGAGCGCAUCAAAGCAGACAAGGAAUCGGUGGCUGCCGCGGCAAAGGACGCGUGGACGCACGCGAAAGCUGCGUUGAAGCCCAUGGAAGCCAACGAGAUCAAAGCAGUGUUUCUUCGGCAAGCGGCGGCGCCGGUGGACUCGAAUGAGCAAAUCAAGGCGCUUUUCCUCGACUAUUUCCCCAACAUGGAGUUUCGCGCUGUGCGGUUUGUUGAGUCGCUCCAUGAAAAGCCCGUGACGCUCGCGCAGCUCCUGCGGUUCUUUGGGCGCUUCACCACGAUCUCCGACAUUAAAUUCCACACGCCAGCACUCCUUCGUUCAAGUCACGAUGGAGAAAUCGCCGCCCACGACCAUAAGCGCUGGCUAGAGUGCACCGACGUCUUGCAGUACGGUGUCGAGCGCGCGGGCGACAUCCUGCACAUUCCAGUCCUCGGUAUGGUCGACCCAAGACAAGCGCCAACUGAGCUAUCGUCCGUGGCGGCCAUUGUCCGCGGUAUGCAACAAGCCCGCACCUUGCCGCUGCCCGCGAGGCCCCUCGAGCUGCGCACAUGUCUGGCCGACCUCAUGCUGAUGGAAACGUCUGCUGCGAGGGUACAGCACCUCUGGCGGACGCGUCAAGGACGCCGCAUGGUCGCCGCCUUGCGCGAGCAGCAGCACCGCACCCAUCUCGCCGAAGCCUACGCCGCCGAACGCAAUCGCCAAAAUGUGCGUAGAGUGUGGGAAAACGAUGUGAAGAAGGCUCAAGCAAUGUUACAAGCGAGACUCGACGACGCGAAGCACGCGGCGGUCGUGGCCGAGCUGAGCAUGACCCUGCGCUUUGGAUAUUCGCAGGAAUGGCACGACGACUAUCAAGCUUGGUACUACAACCACACAACCACGGGCGACGUGGUGUGGGAGCGACCGAGCUACAACGAAUCGGACUUGACCGCCGCCAAGAUUCUUCAACGCCUCGUGCGGCGAUUCCUCGGCAAGUGUCGGCGCGCGGCGUACAAGCGUUCUCUGACUCGAUGGGCCAAGUACGAGCGGGAAAAGGUUGUGUGGGAAGCACAAUGGAUGGACAGGAAGCGAUGCGUCACGUUGCGCGUGCGCGACAUCAACGCGACAACGCGUGCCGCCGUCCUGGAGUGGAGACGCGGUGGCUCCACAUCCAUCCGUUUGCCGUCGAAUGGUGGAGAUGCACUCACGACCAUGCAUUCUCCCGCUCUUGUCGACGUGUUGGCCGCGUGGACAACGUUAUUGCAACAAGCGUACCACAAGAGCGUGCGGAAGGAGCACAUGGCGCACAUGCUGCUGCCUGUGUACGCCCGCCCCCCGAAUGCCAACGCCACGGCGUUGAUCGCUUCUCUUCAUCUUUAUGCGAAACUUCGAGACGCCGUCCGCCCAACCGGCGCCGCUGCAAUGACCAUCCAGUAUACCAAGGUCGAGAUGCCGUUCGGAUGGACCGAAGUGCCGCAAGAUCCUGUCUAUUACCUCCACGAAGCAUCGGGGGCCGUGACGUGGGACCAGCCCGAGUACACAUUCGACGAAGAAUACGCUGCGAGGAAGCUGCAGUCGGCGUACCGAAUGCUUCAGGGGAGGAAAGCAUUCAAGCGCAUGCUCGACACGUUUUCGUUUGUUGAGUUGUUGCAUGCAUCCAUCAAGCAUGGCACUGGCAUUGGGUGGAUCGGAUUUGGACUCGAAGGGAUGUCUCUGUUGGCAUACUUGGGCCGGCUCGGGCUCGCCAAGCAGAUCCCCAGCAUCGCUAAGACCCAUUUGACCAUGGAUUCGUUCUGGUCUGUUCCAGAUGCCAAGUGGCUCAACCAUGGCAUCGUGUGGCAGAAAGAAGAGAAAGCGCUGCUGCAUGCAGCCCCGCGGGUGAUCCAAGGCAGUCGCCGCCUCGCGCCGCUCACGUCUCGCAUGAGUGUCCUGCCUCACAAGCAUGGCUUUCACAUUAUUCCGUCGGAGAAAGCUCUCCAGCAACUAUUGUCGGCCCACUUCACGGGGCAGCAAGGCCGAGUCCAAAGCAUAGUCCGCGCCUUCAAGGGCCUCCCAUUUCCCGUGUCGUACAACCAGCUGGACGUGUACUUACGUGGGUACACAGGGCGACCCGCCCAGGCGGCGGAAAACAUCCUGGACAUUGUGCCUCCAGGCAGCACGAGUCUCGAGAGCGAAGUCGAUUUGUACAAGUUGUACCGCCAUGCGCUGCGCCGCUGCGCGAUUGUUGCUAGCAACCUCAAGCUCGAACGACUGGCGAAGCGCCUCCACCACGUCCUCGACAUUUCGUCGUGCAUUCACGGUGUCGCGUGCGAUUUGAAGCUUGCUUUGGCUGCGACGCCGCUGACACCUGACGACAAGAGCUGGGUCUGCCGGGACCUGCCAUGCGUCAAAGGGCUGUGGGAGAGCAAUAUUGACAAAUCUGGCAAGCUUUCAGUCGCCCAGGCGGCACUCUGGCUGCGCCAGGAAGGCCUCGAGUACAUGCUCCAGUACAUCCGCGCGACCGUGACGAUGCAAUCGACUUACCGCAUGCACGCGCGUCGGAAAUGGUACGUGGCAGUGGUCGCACACCGCAACUCGUGCGCACUCACGAUUCAACUGGCCUGGCGAUGCUCGCUUGCCCGCGCCGUGCGAUCGCACCUCGUGGCCGAGCAAACGUCCAGCUAUGAGCAGCAUUACGUUGAAGCGAGCCAGCUCUUCUUUUUCAUCCACGUGCCGACCCAGGAACGCAUCAAUGUCCAUCCGAUCGACGACCUUGGCCACCCGAUCGUGUAUCGCCCGAUGGUGCUGGACCGCAUCACACGAAAGUACAUUCUCGCAUGGCCAUGGCUGGCAUCAUCAAACCAGGCGCCGGAGACCGCCGCCAGCGUGUUCGAGUCAAACGUAGUGUGCUCGAUCUGCGACAACGAGCGUGCGAGCCGCAUCUGCGAUGUGUGCUGCACCAGUCGGGGAGAUUACAUUUACUACUGUUUUGCGUGUUACUGCACGGCCCAUCCUCCAGCGCUGGCAUGGCACACGUACCAGCCCCUGAACCGGCUGCACGCGCAAGCCCUUCGAUGCGUCGAGUGUACGCGUCUGAGCUCGCACCGGUGUCUCGGGUGCAAUGAAGACUACUGCGAUCGGUGCCUCGCUCGCGUUCACAGCAAAGGCAAGCGCGCGUCGCACCUGAUUGAGCACUACGAGCCCAAGAGCCAAGUGUGCAUCGAAUGCGAACAACGUGUGGCGCUGAAAACGUGCACGGUGUGCGCCGAUGCGCUAUGCGAGGACUGCGCGAGUCGCACCCACGCCAGAGGCAACAAAGCAAAGCAUGUGAUGCACCCCAUCUUGCAGUUGCUUCCACCGGGAUCGGAACAUUGCACUCAAUGCAAGAGCCGCGUCGCCGACCGAACAUGCCGCCAUUGCGCGAGACCGGUGUGCCACGUGUGCCUCGAAACGGCGCAUCCCAUACACUGCCUCGAUUCGCAGCUCGAAGCAGCCAAGCGCGCGCUCCUGGGGGACAACGUGUGCGUCGACUGCGGCAAACCCGCCGAUCGUGUGUGCCAAACGUGCGGCGACAAGUACUGCAGCGUGCGUUGGAUGGGCAACCCUGGUUGUUUCGAGCGGUUCCACGCAAAGGGCAAGCGCAUCGAACAUGAGGCGACUCCCUUCGUGUUGCCUCCGUUGGUGCUGACACCCGAGGCUCUGGCGCUCGAGAAGAAGGUCGCUGCACAAAAGCACGCGAUGCAGGUGGCAGCAGAAGCCGCCGCCAAGGUCCAGGAGGCAGCCGACAUGGAAGUGCGGCGGCAAUUCGAACGAGAGCAGAAAGCGUAUGCUGCAGAGGUCCAACGCGCAAAACGAGCUCUCGCAUUGCAAGCGCCACAGCUACCAAUACCCGAGUCGAAUACCACCAUCCUGUCGACGCCCGAGAAAAGAACGGUCGCGUUUCGUAAGCCCAAGAAGGAAGCGCCGAGGUGCACAACGCUCGGGUGCACGAAUGAAGCCCUGCGACAAAUUCCGUUCUGUGCCGACCACUGCACGGCGCAAAACUUGCUGGCUCUCGGCCACGACGCGAAAGACGCAGCCAAGAUCAUGGCUGGCCUCGAACGUAUCAAGCAGCGCCGCGCCCACGAGGCCGAGUUUGGCGUGUCGUUGCUCGAGAAGGUGCGCCGCGAGUUCAAGGACAUGGCGUUCCUGAACGACAAGUAGAACGGUGCAUCAAAAGCAUGAUGUACGAAAAUGGCAAAACAGGUCGCCGAAGCCAAUGUAUUUCGCCAUGGCAUGUACAUCGACUGCAAAAUCGCCUACGCUCGGUGGAGGGGAAUGGACGCACGAGAACCAGAGGGGAGCCAGCUAUGCCAUCGGCUGCAGGUUUUUGAGAUCAUCCAUGUCGUGGUCGUACGCAGUGUGUGGCUCCGCAGGGCCGAAUGAACGAUUCAACUCGUGCGGCGUGGUCGCGUUGAGAACGGCUGCAUCGUGGACGGCCGCAGCAUCCUGGAGCUGCAAGUGGGCGCGCCAUUCCUGCGACAGCGUCGGGAUAUUCUUGCAAUAGGCUUUGAACAGGUCCGUGAGCUCCUUGCCUUCGUCCGAUUCAAACACUUGGCGACCCUGCGCUACGGGGAGUUCGGAAAUAGCUUUGAACGAGUGGGGCUGGACGACGACGGCACACUUGACCCAGCCGAUCCAGAGCGCCUCGUCCAUUUCCCACACUCGUCGCUCGCGCAGCGUUUCGAGGCACGUCGCGGUGUGUUUGCGAAGCUUGUGGUGCAUUUGCACAGCCUGAAUCAUUGUUCGGAGCGUGUAUUUUGGCACGGGAGUUUCCGCGACGAGCGUCGAGGUCACGCUCACCAUGACGUCGACGGGGAACGCGACCGGGUGUUCCAGACAGAUCCCGAUCGCUCGGAGAAUUCGUUUUUGUUUUUCGUUUUCGUCGGGAAUGUGGUGCAGAGCGAGAAGGAAAGUUGUCGCGUCCACUUUGAGUGGGAUCGGCUUGAGCAACUCUUGCAUCACUUCCACCAACCGCGGCAGCGGCAAGUCGAAGAAGGAUGGCAAGACGUCCAUGACCCGCUCCGACGGCAGCUCCGACGCAAUCGGCGCGAGAAUUGACGCGGCAUCGCGGAUCAUGUCCUUCUGAUCCGUGUAGAGCUGCACGAGCGGGUCGACGAGGGUCGACGGGUCCUUGGAUAAACUUGCGAGCACCUUGACAACGUGGCAGACAAAAUCCAGCGCUUUCGGUGGGAAUGCUUGGAGUUGCGCCAGCACGACUGCUUCGCCUUCUUUUUGCCGCAGCAACUUGAUCAAUUUAUCGACCGAGAUGAGCAAAACAUGCUGGACUUCGGGGCUCGUGGCAGAGUACGUUGUCACAAAUCGGGCAAACAAGUCUGGCCGCUUCGCACACAGACCCAGGAAGAGCUCCAUUCGUUGCAGGACUUGGUCUUCCGUUUGUGGGCACGUCGAAAAGUUGUGUUCGGUCUGGAGGGUCUGCGCAUACGCCUUGAGUUGGGCUUCCAUGUCUGUCGAUUGGAUCUGGUCGAGGUAGUAUUGCCGCCGAGGUGACGACAGGAUGACGUGUUGGUAGCUGUGAAAUGCACUCAUGUCGUCGGUCGGCUCCAGUUUGACGGACAUGCCGGGCUCCGUCUUGAUCGUGUUGGACGUGUCGGGGUUGGCUGCGUUGUUGGCAUCGUCUGCCGUGGGCUCCACUGCUACGCCGUCCGAUGGCAGACACAGCGACUUCAUGAGUUGAAUCGCGUGCGUUUCGAUGAUCGCCUGGAGGUUCGGCAGUGGGUAAAUCUGGUUGGCCAGGCACCGAAUCGUUGGGUUGCGGAUGCUUUCUUCCACGUGAGUCGCGUAGUGGAGCAGCACGUGCAAGCACGCUUCCUGCCCGGACGAUCGCUCUGUGAUAAAGUUUCGAAGCGCAACGACACCCAUCGUGACACGUUCCUUGUCUGUGGGAUCGACAAACUGGACGGACAGCAGCUUCAACACGUCUGGCGACAAGCUCGGAAUGUGACUCAGCAUGUAAUGAAAGAGUUUUUUGUCGGCGGCGACUUUCGGGUCGAGUUUCGUACGCAGGAGAUGGCACACAAGGGAGACUAAGUGGAGGUACACACGCGGGGUCCUGGCCGCUUCCCCCGCGGCGUCAUGCGUCUGCUCCAUCGAUUCGUACAGCGACGUCGCGUAUUCAUGGUACAAUAGCGACACGACUACUCCAUGACGCUUGUGGAUGUUCUCUGCGACAAAGUCCACGACGAGUUUGUGAGGUUUGCACCUGUCGUCAUCGACGAGCCAUCGGCUGGUGGCCAACCGGCACACAAGCGUUUCCCGCACCGACUCCUUUCCACUCGCGAGGACGCCGUACUCGUUGCCGAGUAGGCGCUGGAUCGUUUGAUGGGCCAUUUGCUUGCACCAGUCAGCCGCGACGGGUUUGAUGUUGACCUUGAUAGCAUUGUAUUCGCGCGUGACAUCGUCUUUGGUGACAGCAAUGAUGGGUUCGACGAGCGUCUUGGCGUUGGCGCAGAUCAUGUCCGUGACUGACUCCAAUCCUUCUUCAUCGAAUACGCGGACGAGGGAUGGCGGGACCUCGACUUUUUCCCGACCACGUAGCCGGGGAUCGCGCACUUUUUUUCGCGAAGAAGCUUCCUUGAUGGCCAACACGGACGACGGAGUUGCGAGCCGAGACAGGAUCUCGAACAUGCGAUCUUUGAGGCCGCUGGGCGUAUGGAGGAGUUCGAGCUUCGCACCAUUUGGACCUAUAGGUUGCACGGUCGGCAAAUUCGCCAUGUUGUUGAGCACGAGCUGGAUGACAGAUUCGGUGGACAUGUUGACGACGGAAUCGACUGUCAUCGACGCGGCAGCCUCGGUCUUGGCUCGUUUUGCCAGUGGCGACUCGAACGACAUCUUGGCGGCGUCACGCUUGACAUUUUUCAGCGAUGCAUCGCUUGGUGCGGACACGUACUUUCGUCGGCGAUCCUUGGACUUGGUGAGUGCCUUGAACGCUCGCUCGGACAGAUCGUAGGACAUAAGGAACGACGUGAUAGCGUUCCGGUGCGCCUCCGUCGAUGGCAGGUGUAACAGCUUGAGGAGGUUGGCCUUGACAGCGUGGACGACGGUAUCUUGGACGGACGGGGGGAGACGAUCCGUGGCGUUGGGGACCCCAAUCAAUGCUGGUACGACGAGCCCGACAAAGGUCGGUCGAAGAACUGCUAGAAGACUCAACGAGUGCACCAAUGUGACGUACUCGCGCCGCCCAAACGCUAGCAUCGGAUUGUCUUGCAUGCGAUCGACAAGACUCUGCACGAUGGAUACACCGAGGGCGUCAACCAUCUCGUGCCGAAUGAACGCGUGGGUUGUCGGAACGAUCCCCAAGUGGACAGCAUCUGGCUGGACGUUCGAUCGCGCGGGAUCGCGGUACACAGAGUCAAAGGCAUGCGAAAAGUGCAAAGCGCAGUUUUCUAAGAUGCGAAUCGUCCACAGAACUGCUUCAGCAUCUUGGAAUUGAUGCAAUGUCUGCUGUAUAAUGUGGAUCGCUCGCACAAGGUGGUCCCACACUUGAGGAUCGUGGGCGUCGAGCGGCUGGACCCAAAUGUGGUAGAUCGUACCGGGAAUGUACUUGUCAAGAAGUUUGAGAGCUUUACGAAUCGACGACGGACCUGCGUUGAUGGUGAGCACGCUCGAACAAGACUCGAACAGGGCAUGUCGCGUGAGCGCUAGAAUGGAUGGAGUCUUGAUCGAUGGGUUCUUGGCAGGCUCCAUGAGGUCUUCGAUGAACUGCAGAGCAAAUUUGGCCACUGCCACGUUGCGCUCAUUCGAAAACGGAACGAUUGCGUCGACAAGCGACUUGUAUUCUGGAGUGGACCGUCCAAGGUCCGGGCUGCGCUCCACAACGAUUUCUUUCACGCGCUGCAAGAGAUCCAAUUUCUCUGCUGCAUCAAGCGCCAUGUGAGCACGAUUGAUGAGCUCGAUCACUGGAGACAUCGCUUCCGUCACACUCGAAAAUCUGCGCGGAGGAGCUGCGUCGAUCAACUGCAGCCUCCCACCAAG